CAUUUUUCAUUCAGUUGGGAGAGAGACUGCGAGAGACAUGGAGGAACAGGGUCCGCAACGGUGCGACCGGUGCGGUCUGCGCGCCCACGACCACAACCGCGACAAAAUCCUCCACCAACAACCCCACAUUUGCAAAGGCAAACAAUUUCUGCAGUACUCGCAAACCAGGUACCCUGAUGGGUCCGUGCGCCUGAGGAACCCGAACAUCGAGCUGAUGGACCAGGACAUUUUGUACCACCUGGCGUUAGGCAGCGGCUCACACGACCUCGUCGAAAUGUUUGGCGACGUCAAAUUUGUGUGCAUGGGUGGAACGCCGAAGCGAAUGGAGCAGUUUGCGUUCUACAUCAUGGAGCAGAUUGGACACAAACUGCCCGCAGGCACCACCUUGCAAGACAUCAGCCAGUACUCCUAUCGCUACUCCAUGUACAAAGUUGGACCAGUUUUGUCAAUUAGCCACGGAAUGGGAAUUCCAUCAGUGGGCAUUCUGCUGCACGAGGUUAUCAAGCUGAUGUACCACGCAAAGGUCAAGGACCCGAUUUUCUUCCGAAUCGGUACUUGCGGCGGCAUCGGCCUUGAUGGUGGCACCGUCGUCAUUUCCGAAGAGGCCGUCGACGGUCUCUUGAGACCCUACUUAGAACUCCCCGUUUUGGGAAAAUUGGUUCAGCGGACGGCCAAACUGGACAAGCGGCUGGCGCGCGACCUCAAGUCGAUGGCUGAACCGUCACAAUUGUACGACACGGUCACCGGCAAGACCAUGUGCACUUACGACUUCUAUGAAGGUCAAGGUCGUUUAGACGGGGCGUUCUGCGAGUUCACCGAGAAGGACAAGCUGGACUACCUGGAGCAGAUCCACAAGGCCGGCGUGUGCAACAUCGAGAUGGAGUCGCUGUCGUUUGCCGCCCUGACGCACCACGCGGGCAUCCAGUCUGCGGUGAUUUGCGUGGCGCUGAUGGACCGGCUGAAGGGCGACCAGGUCCUGGCGCCCAAGGAGGUGCUCGAGGAGUGGCAGGAGCGGCCCCAGAAGCUGGUGGCGCGCUACAUCAAGAACUACCUCGCGCAGAAGGGCCGCCUCUCGCUCGACGGCCACUGCGGCUCCGUGCACGUGCUCAGCCCCCGCCGCUUCAAGCUCGUCCAGCAGGAGUCCGAGACCUACGACUAAAUCCAGGCUCAAAACACGCUUCCCACACACGUGCGCGCAUUCCCCAGAAAAAAAAAGAAAAAGCGGAAAAUAACAAGGUUCUCUACCGAGAAUCGCAAGAAUAUAUAAAUAUAUACUUAAAGCGUAUUUUGCUUAGGAUUAUGUAGUGCUUUGGAUUAUAUUUAGGGUGAGCAGGGCAGUGAUAUUUUUAAAUAGGUUGGAAUCCAAAAGAAAAAAAAAAUCUGUAAUGAUGUAUUUUAUUUUAUCUUUUUGCUAAGAAACAAAUCUGAUGAUUUUGUUUGAAGAAAUUGAUACUUGAGGAGAUGAUCAUGGAAAUGAAGAGAUCGGGCUUUUCCUUGUUGAAAAAAUUGUUUUUAUAUUCAAAUGCAAAACGGCUCUACCAGUUUCGGCCACAGUCUGCGACUAUUUUAUGAGCAAGGAAAAAAACGCAUUGCAACAUAAAAAUUAAAAUGUUAAAACGAACAAUCUAAGUACCAAAUUACUUCAUGAGCAAAUAUGCUGCUCGCUGAAUAAGUAAUUUGUUCAUGAAAAAAAAAACAAUUUUCUCAACGAGGAAAAGCCCGAUCUCUUCAUUUCCUAAAUCUGAUGAUAUGCAGAUUUAUUUUAUAUUCCGAAGUGGGAUCAUUUAAUUAAAAAUGGACUCAUGUGGAAUCUAAUUUUGCUGCAGCACGACCUCAAGUCAAUAGAGUUUUUCUUCGCAAGAGACAAUUUUAUUAAAUAAAUAUAAAAAUGUGAUUUGCUCCGAUAUUUUCCAACAAAUUGAACCGGCCUAUUUCAUUUUCCGUCAUUUUCUGAAAAAUUAGGGUUAUUUUUAUCACUGCCCUUAAAAUCAAUUCAUCUGACGUUUGCAUGUAAUGAGUUACGACCUUUUCCGAAAUCCUCUAAUGAAAUGGUGGCGGAGCAGAAAUCCCUGAAAUCAUCUUCUUUUCCGAGGCCUAACGAAAGACACAUGAAAGGAUUUUUCGACUUCUCUCCUCAAACGUUUCGCUCACAUCCCUCGCCAAUCCCAGUUGACGAAGACGUUAUAAAAUAUAUCCUAGCAGCGUGCAUAAUAUUCCGGAACUCAAUUCAAAAGGAGAGAAUCGUCUAAUUGUGAAAAGCCGAGGUGCGCUUACUCAAACAAUAAUGGUUAAUUAGGUUAAUUACUAAUCUCGCAAGUAUUAUACACACAUACAUACACGCCGCGAUAUCAAUAUUUAUUGUGCAUAAUGAAUUGUUUCUGUGCGGCAAUUAUGUGUACUGCGCUGGUAGUUUCGACUUGUUGCUGAUGUGUUUUUUUUAUUCAUAUACACUAAAAAUAAUAAGUGAUUAAAAAUAUAUUAUGCAAAAAUUGUUGACAAGCCGGUGUCUAGACGACUUUGCUGGCGGAUAAUUAUUUUCUAUCUUUUAUCACAACGUGUCCGGCUGGUUUUGGACCUUGUUGAGCAUCAUCGAUUAUUGAAGUGUUAAUUAGUUCUUAGCGAAAGUCAAUAAAUUUUGAAAACAUUGUUGAUCACUUCGUUCGAUGGUUAGAAAUAAACUCUAGACAUUGUAGUUUCAUGGUAGUUUAAUUUAGCUCAGAAACUCGGCUAAAAAAUAAUUUCGAAUUACGUAAAUUCCAUUCAUUGUGGGACGCAAUUUCGUUUUAAAUAAUGCUGAACAACAUUCCAAUUUUAAAAUUUUGCGCUGCUCUGACCGAAAUAUAUCAAUGUCUGUGUGUUCGUUCUGCGUUUAUAGACAAAUUUUAUUGUAGAGAUUUACUCGAUGUUGUUUAAAACAAACACGUAUUUACGCAGCUCAACAGUUGCAUUUACUGUAUAAAUUGUCGCGUUCAUCGAUGAGAAAUGUCAACGAAAAUUAAUAAGGUGUUGCUUGUUGCAAUUGAAUGUUUUACAAAACUUUGCGCGGAGUUUUGGAAACUUCGCUGAAAUAAAAUGGUAUAUUGAUCUGGA